GUUUUUUGUCUUGAGCACGAGUUCUACCUCACUCAUUUUUAUUGGAUACCAUGCGACUUAGAGAUGGUGUCAAAUCUCAUCUUGAAUGCUUAUUGGCUAGAAAUCAUUCGUUGCUUCAAUCCGGAACAAAUAUGGUGGCGGUGAAGGUUUAGAUUGCUUUGUUUUAGUGCCGUUGCCGGUUUUCUUGGUCACGCGGCGCUAGCUACGUUUGGCGGAGAGAGGCAAAGAAUCGUGUUGCGACAUGUCCAUUUUCCAUGACGAAGUGGAGAUAGAGGACUUCGAGUACGAUGAAGAUACGGAGACCUACAGCUAUCCGUGCCCCUGUGGAGACCGCUUUCUUAUUACGCGGGAAGAUCUGGAGAAUGGAGAAGAUGUAGCAACCUGCCCAAGUUGUUCACUUAUAGUCAAAGUGAUCUACGACAAGGAACAGUUCAUGUGUGGCGAAGAAGUCUCACCUCUUACAGAAAGCAAAAAAUUAGUUAAAUGCUGAUACUCAUUCAGCAAAUAAUAUUCUUGAAUAGCAUGGCAAUGAUUGGACAGAAAGGAUACCUGCUCUGAAGAUUUCAUCCUUUAUGCUUUAGCAAUUUAUUGCAUAUCAGCAGCUACUUCAGCUCAAACGGGAAUUGAUGUGAAAAAACUAUGUUUACUUGUGCAUAAAGAGACAGUGCAAAUAAGUGAUAUUUGAAAGUAGUGAAUAAUCUAUCAAGUUUAAGGCUGAAAAUGAAGAUGGUAGACAUGUAUAUAAGUAUCAUGAAUGCUUCUUGAAUUCUUCUAUUGAACCUGGACUCUAAUUCUUCUGACAAAAUACAAAAUGUAAACUACUGGUUUUGUGUUUUAACAAAGAAAAACUGCAGCUUGUUUUAUAAGAUGGAGACAGUAAUACAAAUCUUUAAAUUCAGCCCUAUAAUAUGCACCAUUUCUCAAUCAACUGAGGCCAUAGGCUUGUUGAAAAACAUAGCUUGUAGUUGUUUGAGGAAGACUACUAGGUAAGGAGUCAUGAUGUCACAAGACGGGAGUGGUAUUCCAGAAAGUGAAGGCCGUUGUGGAGAAGAUUUGCUAUCCAAUCCAUCCCCCAGAUAUUUGUUCCAUAUGAGGUAUGAUAUUCUCAAUAGGCCUUCUCUGGGUAACUAUCAUGGUCACUCAAUUGGGCAAGAUCAAAGAAGCAAGAACUGUACAAACUUCAUUAAUUAAGAUAUCAUUAAUGUGAAUUUUAGGAUAAAUGCAGAAUUUAUCACUUUCAUUUAAAUCAGUUCAUUAAGGUGGAAUUUUUUUGAAUGAUUUGAAAUUCCUUUUCUCGGGUUUCUUGCUAUCUCAGCUGAAUUGCUAUUUAUAAAAUAAACUACUAAACCCUCUGUCUCUUGUUAUGUCCAUUUCCCACAAUCUUUCACAAUAACCAGGCUGAGCAAGCAAAUUAAGUUUUAACAAGCCAUUAUUUGAUUUAUCCUUUGUGCUACAUUUAAAAUGACUUUAUCACUAAUAGCUAGCAUUCUGACUUGAGUCAAGAAUCCACUGAUAACCAGUGCAUCAACAUUAAAUUUGGAGUUAUUUUUGACUGCUAUAUACCAACUGCACUUUUCUUAUUGUCUCAGAGGUAGCACCACACAAAGUAUGUAGUAGAAUCCAGUUGUAGUAAUCAGGAGUAAGUUACUUAUGUCAGUCCAUUCUAGUCAUGCAGAGGUGUAAAUAUUAACUAAAGUCCCUAUCAUAGCAUCCACCUCCUGCUUGAAGCAGAGAUACCCACAGUUCACAAACAUCCUUUGGGGGAAGAGUAUAAAAGAGUAUAAAAACCUAAAUCAAUACCAGAUCUAAUGUUAGCAGAUUGGUUUACUCAUGAUUAAUAACUCUGUCUUAUAGGAUUUAAUCUCAACUUGUUUCUGUCUGUCAGCUUGUUUCUGUCUAGAUCCUUACAGCCUCUAGACACCAGUUCAGGACUUUAAUGGUAUCUCCAGCUCCUCUUGGGGUGAUGAUGUACAAUUAAAAGUAAUCAAAGUACUGAGGAGAAUUGAUCCUGAACUGAUAGAUAUUUUUAUGUUUUAUGUAGAAAUUUAACAAUGUAGGGGAGGGCACGCAGACCUCAUAUUGGGAUUCCAUGAACUUGAGCACUUUCUCCAUGAUCACUGGCUAGAACUACAGUUCAGAUAGCACAGCAAUGGAACCACCAGUUCCCAAACCUUGUAGGUGGUCCAAAGGGACAGUGUGUUUCGUGGUAUCAAUUACUGCUGAAAGAUUAAUAGGAUCUAGGAAGCUUACUCAACCAAUCUAGGAUUUAUCAGGAUUAUAAAUGAACUUUGUUUGGCAAGGGCCUAGAUCAGUGGUUCUCAACCUUUCUAAUGCUGCGACCCCAUAAUACAGUUCCCCAUGUUGUGGUGACUCCCAACCACUUAUACAUCACCGGGUGCCAGGGGCGUGGCCAAAGAAAAGGGGAAAAAAAUGGCGGACAGCCUUGUUUGGCGACCCCUGUGAAAUGGUCGUUCGACCCCAAAUGGGGUCCCGACCCACAGGUUGAGAACCACUGGCCUAGAUAAUCCAUUUCUUUGAGGAUCGUCUAAAAUUGAUUUGCUGUCACCUUAAUAAGCUUCCCUAAAAAGUUGAAAACCAGACAAAAUUUAUCAAGCAUAACUCAGUUCAAGUAUAUUCAAAAUAAGAUCCACUACUGCAUCUGGCAAGGCAGGCAGCAUUAUUGUCUCUCAAAGAAGCAUUGAUUCCUUGAUUCCAUUCACAACUUGCCAGAACACCCAAAAGACUUGGGAAAGGUGUGGCUCAAACCCAAAGGCAAUGGAAUUAAAACUAGAGAACCUAUUCAGACUGAGACCCAUAGCCCAGCAUUUGUUUCUUUCACUGGCCAGUCAGAUAGCUCUGAUUGGAGAUGGAGAUAUAUAGUCCUCCCACUAUUACUCACCAGAACUGAUAUAUGAAAGUAAUACUGAACCUUGGGGAUGAAUAGUUCCUGAUAGAUGUGUCUUCCAAGAAUUUCUCCAAUGCCCUUUUAAAGCUAUCCUAAUUACUAUAGCAUAAUCUCAUACUUGUUACAUAUUCUGUGGUAAUAAUGGCUGUCUGUGUUCCUCCUAGCAUUCUUUGUAUCAGCCAGGAGUGUGUGAGUCCGAAGAGCAGGUAUUCUACCUAUAACGGCACCUCUACAACUUUUAGUUUGAAUGUGUUGUGUCAAAAAUACCUUUUGUGGAGAAAGUUACAGAUAUGUUCUGUUUUUGAAUAAAUGUGGUUUUAUCAUAGAAGCAGUACAUUAGAGAAAAGAUAUGUUAUGUGUGACAUGUGAUGUACCUGUUAAGGGGCAAAUAAACAGCUUCUUGGAA